AUGUGCGGCAUCCUCGCUGCCCUAGGCGUGACGGGUGACGCCGAGGUGAACAGGCGCAGGCUGCUGCGAUGCAGUCGAUUGCUGAGACACAGGGGACCUGACAGCAGUGGGGUGUAUGAGGAUCCCAAGGGACGGGCCUUCAUCUCCUUCGAGCGCCUGAACAUCGUCGACCCCAGUGACGCCGGCAGGCAACCCUUCCAGAUCGUGCGUCCGGAGGGCAACCUUGCCUGGGCACUGAACAGCGAGAUCUACAACUUCCGGCAGGUGGUGGCGGAGCAGCUGCCUGGCGUCCACAUCCCCUCCCAGUCCGACUCCGCCAUCAUCGGGUACCUGGUGCAGGCCCAUGGCGACACCAACGAGCUGUGGAACUCGCUGGACGGCAUCUUCGCAUGCGUGGUGUGGGACGAGGCCACCUGCGAGUUCACCAUCGCGCGGGACCCCCUGGGCAUCUGCUCCCUGUACUGGGGCAAGGACAAGGACGGCUCCAUCUGGGCCGCCUCGGAGAUGAAGGCCCUGCAGCACCUCGAAACCCUGGACAUCUUCCCCCCGGGCCAUGUGUACCGCAGCAGGACCGGGAAGCUGGAGCGAUACUACAACCCGCGGUGGAUGGAGGAGGGCCGCGUGCCCAGCGCCCCCGUGGACCUCGACCUCCUGCGCCAGACCUUCACCGAUGCCGUGGUGAAGCGCCUGAUGUCCGACGCGCCCCUGGGCAUCCUCCUCUCCGGCGGGCUUGACUCGUCCCUCGUCGCCUCCGUUGCCGUCAGGCACAUCCGUGAGACCACCGGCACCUUUGACAAGGACCACAAGGUCCACACCUUCUCCAUCGGCAUCGCGGGCUCCCCCGACCUCGUCGCCGCGCGCCAAGUGUCGGAAUUUCUGGGCACCGAGCACCAUGAGUUCACCUUCACGGUGCAGGAGGGCGUGGACGCGCUGGAGGACCUCAUCUGGCACAUUGAGUCGAUCGAGCAGGUCCGGUCUGCCAUCCCCAUGUACCUGCUGGCACGGCGCAUCAAGGCCCUGGGCAUCAAGGUCGUCCUCUCCGGCGAGGGCGCUGACGAGGUCUUCGGCGGCUACCUCUACUUCCACAAGGCCCCCAACCCGGCCGAGUUCCAGGCGGAGACGGUGCGCCUGCUGUGCCGCCUGCACCAGUGGGACGUGCUGCGCGCCAACAAGGCGCCCUUCUCCUUUGGCGUGGAGACGCGCGUGCCCUUCCUGGACAAGCGCCUCCUGGAGGUGGCCAUGGAGCUCGACCCCAGCGCCAAGAUGUGCGACCUGGCGGACCGCCCCGACGGCGUUCACCCGCGCCUGGAGAAGUAUGUCCUGCGCAAGGCCUUUGACACGCCGGACCGCCCCUACCUCCCUGACGCCGUGCUGUUCCGGCAGAAGGAGCAGUUCUCCGACGGCGUUGGCUACGACUGGGUGGACGGGCUGAAGGGCCAUGCCGAGGCCGUGGUCUCCAACGCUGACUGGGCUGCGCGACACAAGCGCUUCCCGGAGCACACGCCGCGCAGCCGGGAGUACUACCUCCUCCGCACCAUCUUCGACCGCCACUUCACCCACCCCUCUGCCUUUGACACCGUACCCAAGGGGCUGAGCAUCGCGUGCUCCACGCCCGAGGCCCUGGCCUGGGACCCCAGCUGGGAGAACUCGCACGAGAUCAGCGGGCGCGCCAUCACCCACGUCCAUGCCGCCGGGCACGGCUUCACCUACCAGAAGCCGGAGGUGGUCAACGGCUUCAUCCACGGCUAA